GCCUUUGUGGUAAUUUAUGCUGGUACUAGAACUAACCUGAAUGAAUAAAAAGGAAUAAUAUCUGAUAAUUCCACCUUAAAAUAUCUGGACCAGCCAAACGUGGUCAUUCAGGGCCAGAAACUGCGAGGAGAUGCUGGUGAUUCUGGUGCCCCUGAUCUACUGCAUCCUUACAGCCAGGGCCUGUCUGCAGUGUGACCGCACCAUCAGGAACAUGCAUGAUGACUUCAUCCUGUCUGCUCCCACCGUCAGCGAACAAAUUGAGCUGCAAAAGAUUUGCGACUAUGCCUACGUGACGUACAGAGACACAAGCCAGAAUCGAAAGGGGAUCAUUGAUCCAACUACGCUGUACAGAGCCAAAACUGAGUACCAGAGUGAAUUUGAUCGCUUCUUGAAAACAAAACCAACUGGGUCUCUAACGUUUGAAACCAUUCAGAUAAUGGAGAAAGGGAGAAAGAUCUUAGAGAAACACUUGGAUGCUUUCAUCCCUGAUGGACUUUGCCCCAACAAGUGUGGUAAGCUUGCUCUCUGA